CAAGUCAAUGGGACUUUUUGGCCACUUUGAGCUUCUGUACCGGGAAUUCCGAUCUCUUAUAAAGUCAUAGCACACCUCUCCUCAAUAAACCGGUCGAUCUGACACCUCAGUCACUGGUCUCUAACAAACGGUUACGCGCCGAAGUUUUGUGUGAAAGAAGGAGAAUAAAUAUAUAAUAAUAAGUGUGCAAGAGAACAGCAGUGAUGCCUGCAUAGCAAGCACCACGAAUUAGUAGCUUGGCAGCGCUAGGAUUUGAACUCGUAACUCACACAAAGCAACCGCUUACCCCUAUUGCGCAUGCGCAAAACACAACGACUACUACCCUACCAAGUAGUAUGUGGAAAUAGCGCAAGCAUACUAUUUAGUAAGGUAGUGUGCAGUUUUGCAAGUUCUGCCUUUCUUCCGCACUACAUUUCCCGCAAAUCUUUGCUGCACCACAAGAAUGGACGACAAGUCAUGUGGAUGAAAAUACAACAGUGCAUCUGUCGAAGGGAAAAGGUCGGAGAAAGAUGCGAGAGGAGGAGGAUGACCACACCGCCGCCAAACCGGCCAGGAGAUCGCACGUUAUCGCGGCCAAGUCCGUAGACGUGGCCGAGUGCGAUGCCGCGAAGGAUCAAGCGCCCAAACUAUGCGGAUACCUGAACAAACUGGUAGGCAAAGGGCCCCUGAAGGGAUUCAAAACACGCUGGUUCGUCUACGACCCGAGGAAGUGUUACUUGUAUUACUUCAAGACUCACCAGGACGCUCUUCCUCUUGGCCACAUCGAAAUCGCCGACGCCUCUUUUACCUACGAAGUGGAGGGAGACGAGGGUCAGUUCGAGAUCCGCACCGCUGGCAAAGAGUUCCUCCUCAAGGCACCCAGCAGGCAGGUGAUGCAAUACUGGCUUCAGCAGCUUCAGCAGAAACGAUGGGAGUUCAGUAACACACGAGGAUGUGGCAACCGAGACAGCUUGUGCUCCCCCACCCCACUUUUUCCUCACACAGGCCUGGUGGCCAGAGAUGCUGAUGCCAUGCCCCCUGAGCUGCCUAAUGAAACUAUGGAGAGUGUGCGCAAUGAUUUCACAGAGGAGGCAGACGCUAAUGGCUUAGUUGGACUCCACACUGCAAGGAACCCAACAACACAUAAUUUUUCCCUUCGACACUGGGGCUCUGAGCUGAGGAACAGUAUGUCUCAAUUGCGGCCCAUCCGAGGGGGAGAAAGCAGACGCAGUGUGUUUUAUACAUGCAGCAAUGAGGAGUGGGAGAUGGUGGAUCCCCCCACUAAGGACACUCCAGAACACAAGCCUCCUGCUGAGAGUCAGCGCCGUGAGAGCCCUUCACACCUCCACAGACACUCCAUCGGCUCAGCGUUCACGUUUGAUUUCCGGAGCCCGUCACGCAUUAAGCGCCAGUUCCAGAUAGGCUUGGUUAAAUCGGGCCGCAGUACGGAGACGUCACCGGUGGAGUGUAACGGCAGUAAGGCUGUGGAGCUGCAACUACGUCUCCAGAGCCAACAGGAGGAGUUGAGCCACUUGCAGGAGGAGCAGAACCGCUUACAAGAGGAGCUCAGCAGUCAGAAGGAGCUAGUGCGUCUCCUGCAGCAGACACUGAGGACUGCUCAGUGUGACCGCUGGCCAGGGGAGAUGGACAUGGCCGGGGCAUUGACCGAGCGAGAUGGUCAGAUCCAGGCCCUGUGUGGUCACAUGGAGAGACUGGCACUGGAGAAAGAGAGCCUGCAGCAGGAGCUGAAGAGCCUGAAGAUCAAAGUGGGAGAGAUUAAUGAUCAGUUAGGAAUGCUGAUGGAGACAAUCCAGGCCAAAGAUGAGGUCAUCAUGAAGUUGUCACAGCAGAGCCAGGAAGGGAGCACUGAGGCAGACGAGUGCAGCUCUCCUUUAUUACGGGAAAGGCAAGAGCUCUACCAUUUGAGGGACAGCCUUCAGGGAUACAAAUCUCAGAAUAAUUUCCUGAACAAAGAAAUCCUUGAAUUGACAGUGUUACGAAGGAAUGCUGAAACUAGAGAGAAGGUCCUAGAGGCAAAGUACAGUGCUCUGGAGGCCAAGCUGUGCCAGGUGGAGAGUAAGUACCUGGUGCUCCUGCAGGAGGUGAAGACUCCGGUGUGCUCCUUAUCCGAGCAGAGCCCAAGCGGUGAUGUCAUAUCUAGACUGCUGGAGGAUGCUCUGCAGGUGGAGAGCUCUGAUCAGCAGGAGCACACGAUUCUUAAGCCCCAUCCCGUCAGUGAGUACGAUGUAUAUGGCUUCAAAACUGUUCCAGAGGAGGAGGAUGAGGAAGAGAAGCUGGUAGCCAAAGUUAGAGCUCUAGAGCUCAGGUCUCUCUCUCUGACUGACCAGGAAGUGUCUGUUGGGGUGAAGUGGGAAAACUACCUGGCUGGAACCAUGAACAGGGAGAUGGUGCGCUCUCCGGAGCUGAAGGCUUUAAUCCGGAGCGGUGUGCCUCACGUGCAUCGCUCCAAAGUCUGGAGCUGGUGUGUUAACCUCCACGUGAAGAAGUUUCGAGAGUGCCAGAAGCCAGAUUACUAUGAAAGCCUGUUGUGCACAGCGAGGGACAAACCUAACCCAGCGUCUAAACAGAUAGAGCUGGACCUGCUGCGCACGCUGCCAAAUAACAAGCACUAUGCUUCACCUUCAGCUGAUGGCAUCCAGAAACUCAGAAAUGUGCUGCUGGCCUUUUCUUGGAGGAACCCAGACAUCGGCUACUGUCAAGGACUCAACAGGCUAGCAGCCAUAGCUCUUCUCUAUUUGGAGCAGGAGGAGGCUUUCUGGUGUCUCAUCACCAUUGUGGAAGUUUUCAUGCCACGAGACUAUUACACCAAGACGCUCCUCGGCUCACAGGUGGACCAGCGUGUGUUUAAGGACCUGAUGAAUGAGAAGCUGCCGAGACUUCAUGCUCACUUUGAGCAGCAUAAAGUGGACUUCUCCCUGAUCACCUUCAACUGGUUCCUGGUGGUGUUUGUGGACAGUGUGGUCAGUGACAUCCUCUUCAAGAUAUGGGAUGCUUUUCUCUACGAGGGACCCAAGAUGCCGCUUGACCACGCCCCUACCGCCACACUUCGCAAAAUAAGUACCGAGGUGACCAGUUCUUUUUCUGUUUGUCCGGUAAACGUCAUCACUCCCGGACACGUUGGCAAGCACCAAAAUUCUUUAGCAGAAACUCAUAUUGGUGUUUUGUGCGUGUGUGCGUGUGCAUGUAUAUAAGCAUAUGUGUCUGUGUUCCUAUGGGUAGUUGCCAAACAAGAUCUGUAGAUAAGAAUCAAUUGUUCGGUUUGAAAAGUGUUAACAGAAAACUAAUGCACGGACUAUACUUAAAAAGCACUUGGAUUAAAAUGGCAAAAUGCCAAAGAACUGAUGUUUAUUUUAAGAAUGCUUGAUCCAUGAGGUUGUUUAACAUGGUGCGCUGCAGUAAACAUUGGAUUUCUUUGGAAAAUUGUUUUGAGCCGCAAUAGAUGUACCAGGAUACAGGCUUAGAUCACCUGAUUGUACUUGUUUUUAUGUCAUGAACUAUUUAACUAAGGCCACAUGGCUGUUUCAUUGCAAACAUUUCAUCUCAGCUCCCAACAUCUCCAAAGCUAUCUCCAAAAUUUCAUAUUUUGUCAAAUUGCACUUGCCACAUUUAGAAAAAAAUUCAGCAAAUUCACCUUGCAGUAAGUAAUGAAUUCCUGUUAUUAUUAAUGUUGUUUGUUUGUUUGUUUGUUUGUUUAAACUAGCUUACACAGUUAACAUUGUCACCUCACUAAGUUUUGUUCAGGACCAUAUGUUAGGGGUCCACAGUUAACUGUUUGAGGCACCAGUAUUUGAAUAUCAAAUCACCAUUCCUGUAUUCAUUCUGCCCUGUGUCCAUAUAAAGUCAGCAAUAAAGUAUGAAAAAUAAAAGCGAAUGAAAAAUAUAAAUGUCUUGCUACUUUGGUGUGAAAACCUUGGGAGUGGGUGUUAUUUAUUCUUAUGCAGGUGAGAGGGGAUAAAGUGGAAAUUUCCAAUAAUGUUUAGUACAGCUCCUUUAAAUGUCUUUAGAUUACAAUGAAAACCAUUCAGUCUUUGCAGAUUACACCUAUUUUAUAUCAGAUGGAACACAAGACACGUCUCACCCACUCGGCAGUGCUUUUCAUUUUAUACAGCCGCUUCUCUUGCAUGGAGCAUUCAUGUACGCUUCAUUCACAUCAGUUUGAACAGAUGGCAGAUGUGCACUGCUGCGGUGGGGCUAAAGGCUUACUGACAUUCACUGAGGAUGACAUUCAGGUUUCAAGCUGAUCGUCUGUUUUUAUUAGUUAUGUUCAUUGUUUUCUAUUUUACAUCUGUCCAAUGUAAACACACUACCAACAGAAGAGAAACAUAAUGCCAUGGAAAAAUGAUUCUGGAUUGCAGAACAUUAAAGCUAUUAUUCCCCCUCACCUAGAAGUUAAUCAAAUAUUCAUUCAUUUAUCUCUUAGACAUAUCUGAGUAUUAAAAUUAGGGAGAGGGCCUCAUCACUUUAACCAUGUCAGUCAGUUGGCUCAUGUUACACAUGAUCAUAAUGCUGAUCAAACCAACAUACUGUUGAGUUAUGUUUCCAAAAAAACAGUAAACAGUCACUAAAAAGUGUGCGUGUGUGUGAGAGACAUGAGGUAUUUUCUCAAGUGCUGUUCCACCAGGUAAGUGAUCAAAUCAUUUUCAGUUCCUGUUCUUUAUUGGGGAUUUGUACCGUCUGUGUUGUCGGCAUUAAGUGAAAUGCAUCUCAUUGUGGUUCAAGUGUUGGAUUUCAUGACAGUCCCACAGUGUUGUUUCAGAUGUAGUGGUAUGUUUUGGAUUUUGAAUGCUUCCUUUUUCUCUCCCCAUUUUCCUCUUUUCAUCUCCCUGAUACAAUAUGCCCAUGACACUCUCCAGGACCUCUGUGUACUUUGUGGUAAUCUGUAUCAAGGAGAGAGUUCAUGUUCUGCUUAACAGGUGAUGUCGCUUUGUGACUGAACCUGAGGAGAACAUGCAACGAGUAACUUGAGCUCAGGAUCAAACUGGAGACCCUGGAUGCGUCAAUAAUGUGUCCAAUAAAUUUAUGACAGCUAAAACAGGAAAUAAUGGAUGUGCUUCAAGAGCUUGUUAAUGAAGUUUGUUUAAAAAAAAAACUUUCAUUCUUAUCAGGGUGUGCGUGUGGAGGAUUCUUAAGAACAAAUGAGAGAGAGCCACAUGUAACUUUCUUUAUUUACUUUGACAGAUCAUUUUCCGCUUUGCCCUUGCUCUUUUCAAGUGCAAAGAGGAAGAGAUUUUGAAGUUGCAGGACCACAUGGCCAUCUUUAAAUA